GAUUAUUCGUGUGAGUUUGAUUUAUCCUACUAUCCUUUCGAUACUCAGGUUUGCCAUAUGCUGUUUGAACUGCAGGGGUUUACCAAGGAGUUUAUAAGCCUGGAGGUUGACCAGGCUGGAGUAGAGUAUCUAGGAAAGAGAGACCUUCUUGAAUACCAGAUCCAAGAUGAACGUCUUUUUAUUGAUAAUUCAAAUGAAGGAAGCAGAGCCGAGGUUAAAGUUGUGUUCAGGAGGAGGAUAGAAUACCAUCUGUUUGGAGUAUUUGUUCAGCAGAAAAUAUUGAUUGUUGUUGGAUUCUUAACUUUCUACUUCGAGGUCACUAACUUCUCGGACAGAGUUAUGGUGAGCCUAACACUAAUGCUGGUUAUAGCAACUAUAUCUGAUGGAAUUAAAGUUACUCUACCCGCCACCCCGUACCUCAAGUUAAUAGAUAUCUGGUUAUUUUUCUCAAUGAACUUGAUGGUUUUAACCCUACUUUUCCAUACUAUACUUCUUCACAGGGUACUCAAGGAGAAUAAAGUGGUUCAGAGUCUAGGGGGCGGUAGCAGGCCAAGAUCUGCCUUCACCAAGCUACUGAGGAUUCAGGAUGCAGAUGUUGAUUCAGAGACUCUGACUGAUAGUAUCCGGUUGAACCGUAUUGGUAAAGUGUUGUAUGCAGGAUCCACACUCACUUUCUGGUUCUUCUUCUGGAUCAUUGCACUCAUUGAAUUCUUCAGGCCUGCUGAGCAGUAUAUAAACCAACGGGUUUCCUAAUCUAUCUAAUCGGUGGUGUAUUUUUCGACCUACGCAAAUCCGCUAUACUCCACUUCUGGGCUACGCCAAAUCCUCUAUAGUACACAUCCGACCUACUAGCACGUGAUUUUACAGCUGCUAUAUGGACUUGUGGCCGCAGCGCCGGCCCCUAGCCUGU